CAGAGUGGACUCACUAACAGGAGGAGACGGCAGCUCUCCCAUGUGGAGGAGCGUCUUCCCCGCUUUCAGCUGGAUUCCGAUCCCGGAGAGUCCGACAACACGGCUGCUGAAUAUUCAUGGCUGAAGCCUCCAGACGUCAGGACGCAGCCGCGAAGAGGAGGAGAGAGGUCGGGGACGGCUGUUCCCCCCCCACAGAUACUCGGAGCAUCGCGGCUCAGCAUUCGCUCUCAGCUCGUCUCUGGUUGAAAUGGACUGAGGAGCCUGCCAGAGAAGAGGAGGAGCGGUAGGAGGAGAGAUCGCCGCCUUGUUUUUCCAGCGCGCUCUCAUAUUCUCUCGGACGAUUCUCGGCGAAAGAUGCGUCCUCCCGCGCGGAGCAGACACAUUCGGGCUGAGACUCAUCGUCGCGUCGCAGAGAUGCCCAGCAAGUGCCCCCAGCUGCUCAGCAGGAUAAAUGCCAUCUGAGGUGUCGCUUCUUUCCAGUAACAGCAGGCUUCGCUGUGAGGCUGAACCUCGUGGAAACAGCGUCGACCCGACCGCCGCCUGCAGCCUCCCCCGUGAUGUCGCGCCGGAUCUGUCCGUGGUGCUGAACGCAUCCUCCGGCUCCAGCUGCUGACCAGCAGCCCUAUCAUUGGAAGCAGGCCACCGCACAUGGACUCAUCCUGGACCUGACUGAAUCCGCGCUUUUUCAUGGCUGUGGCACGGAAAAUCAAAACUUUGCUGACCGUCAACAUACUAGUGUUCGUGGGCAUCAUCUUGUUCUCGGUGUACUGCAGGAUCCAGGACAGAUCCGAGGAGCUGAUCCAAAUCGGUAGGAUUUCUGAGCAGAGACUAAGAGCCCGGAAUGGCAAAGUUACCAACUUGGUGGACAGACAGUCGAUUCUCCAGCGACUGGAGAGGUUGGAGGACGUGGUCUACAACCAGUUGAACGGUUUGGCGAAACCGAUGGGGCUGGUGGAGGGCCCCGGGGGCCUGGGUCAGGGCGGAGCAGCUGCCACACUGGGAGAGGACAGUCGUGAUACCGAGGGAAAGUACGAGGAGUACGGCUACAACGCCCAGCUGAGUGACCGCAUCUCGCUGGACCGGAGCAUCCCCGACUACAGGCCCAAAAAGUGCAAGCAGCUGACGUACCCAGAGGAUCUUCCUCUCAUCUCCGUGGUCUUCAUCUUUGUGAACGAGGCCUUGUCGGUGAUCCUGCGCUCCGUCCACAGCGUGGUCAACCACACGCCAGCCCACCUGCUCAAAGAGAUUAUUCUGGUUGACGACAACAGUGACAGCGUGGAGCUGAAAUUCAACCUGGACCAGUACGUGAACAAACGAUACCCGGGCCUGGUGAAGAUCGUGAGGAACAGCAAGCGGGAGGGCCUGAUCCGAGCCAGGAUCCACGGCUGGAACGCCGCAACUGCUCCCGUCGUCGGCUUCUUUGAUGCCCAUGUGGAGUUCAACACUGGCUGGGCUGAACCCAUAUUGACCCGGAUGAAGGAGGACCACACUCGCAUCAUUCUGCCGGCGAUAGACAACAUAAAGUACAACACGUUCGAGGUGCAGCAGUACGCCAACGCUGCUCAUGGCUACAACUGGGGGUUGUGGUGUAUGUACAUCAUACCUCCUCAGGAGUGGCUGGACAAGGGCGACGAGACGGCGCCUAUCAGGACUCCAGCUAUGAUCGGCUGCUCCUUCGUCGUGAACCGGGCCUACUUCGGUGAAAUUGGCCUUCUGGAUCCAGGCAUGGAAGUCUAUGGUGGCGAAAAUAUUGAGCUCGGCAUGCGGGUGUGGCAGUGUGGCGGGAGCAUGGAGGUCCUGCCAUGUGCCAGAGUGGCCCACAUCGAGCGCACCAAGAAGCCCUACAACAACGACAUUGACUACUACGCCAAACGAAACGCCCUGCGAGCCGCCGAAGUGUGGAUGGACGAGUACAAGUCCCAUGUCUACAUGGCCUGGAACAUUCCCAUGAAUAACCCAGGGGUUGAUUUCGGAGACGUCUCCGAGCGUUUGGCCUUGAGGAAGAAACUCCAGUGUCGGAAUUUCCGUUGGUAUCUUGAACACGUCUACCCCGAGAUGCGGAUUUACAACAACACCAUCACGUACGGGGAGGUGAGGAACAGCAAGGCCAGCGGCUACUGCCUGGAUCAAGGGUCAGAAGACGACGACAAGGCCAUCCUCUACCCCUGCCACGGAAUGUCCUCCCAGCUCGCCCGCUAUUCCACCGAGGGGCUUCUCCAGCUUGGUCCCCUGGGCUCCACCACUUUCCUGCCUGAUACAAAAUGCCUGGUUGAUGACGGACGAGGGCGUACUCCGAGUUUGAAAAAGUGUGAAGCGGUUUCAAGAAUUUCUCAGAGACUCUGGGACUUCACACAGAACGGUCCAAUCAUCAGCCGGGACACUGGUCGUUGUCUGGAAGUGGAGAUGUCCAAAGACGCCAACUUUGGCCUGCGGCUGGUGGUGCAAAGAUGCUCUGGACAGAAGUGGAUAAUACGAAACUGGAUUAAACAUCCGAGGCACUGAAGCCUGAGGCAGAGAGGGCGGGGUUUCAAGCCUCGCUUGGAUCUCAACCUGCGCCCUGCUAAGGGGCCAACUGUUGCUAGUAUGUGACAUUGCCAAGCCGACGGCACGCUGAGCUCGCCUCAGGCCUCACGGCCCCACAACAGAGUCUUAAAGAAUAAUACGCUCAAUCCAUGUGCUCAGCAGUGACUUCACAGUGCUGUGAUGCUGUUCGCAGUGACCCACAUUUCAUCCACAUGUAAACAACAGAGACACGAGCGCAGUCGCGAAGCUGCUUAAAUCCUUCUGUUUCUACUGUAAAGCUCUUAGAGUUUAACAGACCAGUGAGUGUUUUCGUUUGAUUUCUGUGGCCGUCUGAGCAAAUUUAAGAGAUGUAAUCACCGUCAACCUCCACAUCAAAGUGACAGUUUUGUCCUGUGAAUUGAUAAAUCGCUGCGGACACCUUGUCAAACGAACGACUGGAAAGUCGCCACUCAUGUGUGAAAGAGAGUUGGGGGCGACAUAUUUGAAUUUCAGUUUGGAGUUUGUAUGAUGAGGAUGGAGGACAAUCAGAGAGAGAAAAGACUAAUAAUUCAGUUUCCCUCAGAAAUGCAAUAGAUUCAAAUGGUCAUUGUUGAAGUCGUAAAAAAACAAGCCUGGGUUGAGAUGGCGGAUUCAAACUCAUCAGGUUUUCUGAAUUUUUCCGAAAAAGAUAUUCAUUAAUUUACAUUAAAAUAUGAUUUAGUUCAUCUUUAAAAAUGAUGCAAAAGCUGUCGUUUAACAAUAAUAUUGACUUUGAAAAACCCUGGUGGAUAUUAUCCGAAUUGAUAACUGAAAUACACCCAAAAAUCACCUCAAAUUUAGGACAUGUAUUGCCGAAGCUUUGCGAGAAUGUGUUCGAGUGACUGCUUUUGCUGAAUGCAGGUGUUUUUCUACACUUUCGGAGGCCUGCUAGCCGUAUAUUCCUGACAAUCCAAGAUGUGAUUUUGAGAUUUAGCCAUCCUCCUCCUCACAGCAGUUCACUCCUCCACCCCACCGGUUUGCGGCACCAGCCUCCCGCAGUAGACCGGCCCUGUAAGAGUAAUGAUCCGAGUGCCUCUCGAAAGCAUCGGUGUGCCAGAUUGUAUUAGAGCCAUGUUUGGUGCUUUCUGACAUCACACAUCAAUGGCAGCUAGAAAGUUAGAAAAGAAACUCUCUCAUGAGGCAACCAUCAUGCUCAGGCACGAGGUGUUGUGAUACAAAAGUGAGGUCUUUUUUCGAUGGGCCCAAAGGCACGGUUCUGAAGAGGGUAAUUUAUUGCUUAAUUUAUUGUUAUUUUUGUUAUGGGUUACACGUUAGAUGAGGGAACAUGUAUUACCAUAAGUAAACUACCUAUCUAUAAGUGUAUUAGCAGCAUAUCAACUUGUUAUUACUCAUAAACUUUUGUUGUUAAGCCUGGCUGUAUAUUUCCCAGGAAUGGUCACAGAAAGUCACUCUAAGCCGGUGUUUUUCUGUCAGGCACAUCACCAAAGGAACAUCGGCCAAAGUACACUUGUGCUUGGUUGGAAGUCCUGUAAAAAAUAAUUUUAAUUUAAUUUUAAUUUGUGAAAAAAUGUAGCUCUUGACACUUGGCUAGUUUGCCAUGCUAUUUGCAAAAACCUAUAGUAGACAAUGUAUUGUUAAAAAAAAAAAAAAAAAGACUCCAGAAAGGGGCUGGCAAUAUGGCGGAAAUAUAUCAUGAUUUAUUUAUUUACUUUAAAUGACUUAAUAUCUUGAAUUUAUCACAAUUUCUUAAGUAUGAUUUUAUUUUAGUUUGGGGAAUGACCUGACAAAUGUUUUGACAAAUCAAAAACAUCCUCUGCCUCAGCGUCAUAACAACAAUAAUUCUUUAUCUGGUCACAUUUUGGAGCAAAUUUGUUUGAUUCUGCAUUUAGUUUUUAGCCAACUUUUCAGCAAACUUUGAUGGACAAUGAGCAUCAAUAAAGUGAAGUGAAGUGAGACGUCACGUUAGCCGCUCUAUUAGUUCUGUGGCGCAGUUUCUUUAGUGUCGCGGGACCAAGGAGGAUCAGGUUUAAGAACAUCUCGAGGUUGUGCAUUUGACCGCUAGCGUGACGGAUGGAAGGGUCAACGCAUCAGCAUAGAUCUAUAGCGUAUAGAAUGUGUCCGAAUCCAUGUAAUUUCUCCACAUUGGUAGAUUGUGAACACGUUCUCACUGUUCAUGAUUUCAUGUCAUCAUAUCGCCCACCUCUAUGUCUGGCUCAUUUCCCAUGGCACAGCUGACAGUCUGUCACACCAGUUGAAAAACACUGCUCUAAGCACCACCAUAAUUACUGGUUAUUACUAGCAAAUAAGCAAGUAAUUUGCUUAUUAAUGGUUAAUAUAUGUUCCUCAGUCUAAAGUGUGAGCACAUUGUCGAUCACUAUCUCAUAUGUGCUCAUUUGUGCUUUUGUGUUUCCUUCAGUAAACACACAAGCAACCUGUGACUCAAAGUUACAGAGGUUAAUGUGAGUUAUGACAAGAGAAUCUGAAACAAAUGGGGAGAUAUGGAGAGUAGGAUGUGAAGUCUUGUUGUCCAUUUUUUACGUAAUGUGAAAAAAAACAUGAACAUAAAAUCAUGUAAAACCCGUAAUCUAGUUUUUUUUACUCACUUCAAAGAGAGUUAUCAUCAGUUGUCCAUCCUUGAUAGUCCUUCUCCUCUGUGAUCUCCGAACCUGCCACCCCUUGACCAAGAGGCGUCACUGUCUCUCAAGCAAGCCAUCGAUGUUUCCUUUGGUUUCACUGCGUUGCUCACAGUGAACAGGAGCAAUCGUGUGCCUUUUUCUUUUUCUUUGUUUUGUUUUUUGCUUCAUCUGACCGCAGAAUGUCAGGCCAACAAGCAUGUACAAACUGUUUUCAAGGUCAUCCAUAUUUAAAAACAAUGUAUAAAGCCGUCCUAUGAUAGUAUUGUACUGUAAAAAGUGAGCUAAAUUGGUAUAUGUCCUGGCUGACAACGA